GUGGACCAGUGUCUGCACACAAAAUUCCCUUGGCCGAUACAUAUCGAUAGAAACGCAUGCACAUAUAUGUGCUCGAUCGUCGGAAAACAUUGCAGAAUUAUUACUUCCUGAAAUAUUGUUAGCGUACAAUAAUGCCAAGUAUCAUUGAAAUUAGAAGUUAAAACUCCCGAUUGUGUGUAUGUGUGCGAAAUGCUCCCGUAUAAUAUCCGUGCUGGCGACAGCAGCGCCAUGGCUCGUGAGUACGCUGGCGGCAGCGUCAGUGGCAUUUUGCGCAAAACUGGAACGGCAGCCGCAGGAGGUGGAGGCCUAGGCGGAGGCGUUGCUGCAAAUGUGGUGGCGUCGUCAACAACGUCAGCCACUAUGGCCGGUAGCACGGCCUAUGGCGCUGCCGCCACAGCCUUGGAUGCUCGACAGCCACCGGUGGAGCUGCUUGUUUUCGGCUAUGCCUGUAAAAUAUUCCGGGAUGAUGAGAAGGCGCGCGAAUUGGAUCACGGCAAGCAUCUAAUACCCUGGAUGGGGGAUGUAAAUCUCAAGAUAGACAGGUACGAUGUGCGCGGCGCACUCUGCGAUCUGUCAUCGUUCGAGGCGCCUCCGGGCGGCUAUGGCAACCGUCUCGAGUACCUCACCGCCGAGGAGCAACGUGCCGAGCAGCUGUGCGAGGAGGAGCGUUAUCUGUUCCUGUACAAAAAUGAAGAGGAGCACAAGCUGCAGCAAGAGGAAGAUCUUAAACGCCUGCAGCAAGAAACCUCUGGCGGCAAUUACAGCCAGGUGGGCUUUCAGUACGAUGGCCAGUCUCAGGCGGCGCCUGUGCCAACAAGCGCCACCGUCGCCCCCAGUUCGCCGACCUCUGAGGAAAACGAGCAGCCCUACAUAUUGCCAGCUACUCUGCUAGAGAUCCCGCCACCCGGCAUGCUUGUGCCUGAGACCAUGAAGCAGCACGCAAUAAUUGAAAAAACCGCGCGCUUCAUUGCCAUGCAAGGGGCACAAAUGGAGAUACUAAUCAAGGCCAAGCAGUCGAACAAUCCGCAAUUUGACUUCCUGACGCAGGGCGGACUACUGCAGCCCUAUUAUCGCCAUCUGCUGGCGGCCAUUAAGCAGGGGAAGUAUGCACCGGCGCCGGAACCAGCAGCUGAGACACCCGGAGAGACAACAAAUCCGCCCAGUCCUAAGCGACUUAAUGUGAUUACCGUGCCCACCAUCAAGUACAAGCCAUCGGCCAACUGCGCCUACACGCAGCUCAUCAGCAAGAUCAAGGGAGUGCCUCUGCAGGCCGUGCUGGAUGACGAGGGCAGUGCCAGCAACUCGCAGCACUCGGCCGGCACAGCUUCGCCCACGCCCAGCUGCAAGUCCAGCCAGAGCAGUGAGUUCAUGCCCGUCCUCUUGCAGUACAAUGGCAGCACAUUUGCGCAUGCGCCGCUGGAGGAGCCCGACGAGGACAAUGCCAAUGAUGCGCCACCCAAAGUGGAGUUGCUCAAGAGUACCAGCGCCUUGGCGCUAGCCCAAGACUACAGUUCCGAGAGCGAAGCUGACGAGCAGGAGCAGCAGCAGCAACAACAACAACAGCAGCAGCCGCCACCGAAGAAAAAGCUGAACUUAGCGGAGGCGCCGCUGCACGAAACGAAGCCACCGGCCUUGCUGACAUUUCCACUGCCCGAAGAGAACCUGCGACACAUCAUUGACAAGACGGCUACCUAUGUGAUUAAGAAUGGUCGCCAGUUUGAGGAGACGCUGCGCACCAAAAGUGUGGAACGGUUCAACUUUCUGCUGCCCAGCAACGAGUACUAUCCCUAUUACAUGUUCAAAAUAACCGGCGAUGUGGACGCUGCCUCCAAGGAGGAGAAAACGCGCAAAGCGGCGGCUGUGGCGGCCGCCCUCAUGAGCAAAAAGGGUCUAACAUUUGGUGGCGCUGCAGCGGCUGCUGCUGCCGAAAAGGCGCCCGUUUCAUUUUCCAUACGCGCCCGCGACGAGCAAGCACCGCUGCAGUCCACGCUGCCGCAGGAGGCCAGCGAUGAUGAGGAGGAUGGCAAGGCGGGGGCAGCGACAUCAGCUUCUGGCAACGAGUCUAGUCGUCCCGGCAUGCCCGACAGCGUCCAGCGUGCCAUAAAGCAGGUGGAGACACAACUGUUGGCGCGCAGCGGCGGUGGGCAGAAGCCGAUGGUCACCACAUUGCCAGCAACGAUGGGCACGGCGUCGCCCACAGCGCCACACAAGGAUCAGCGGCAGGCCGAGGAGCGCUUCAAGGACAAGUUGGCGCAAAUAGCCCGCGAGAAACUGAAUGGGCUGAUCACGCGUGAAAAACAACUGCAGCUGGAGCGGAAACGCAAGGCGAUGGCGUUUCUCAAUCAGAUCAAGGGUGAAGCUGCUGGGUCCUCGAGCGUUAGCGAGACAGCCGCUACAAAAGAUGGAUUAGUGGAGGGCGGCGAGGGUGAGGACUCCAACGACUCUGUGCGUUCCAUACCCAUUACAUAUUUUGGGCCCGACGAAGACGAGGACGAACAAGAGGACAAUGUUGCCAAAGAGGGGACCAAGACUGCAGCCGACGAUGACGAUGAGGAGGGUGGUGGCGAUCUUGAAAAAUAUAAUUUGCUGAAUGACGACAGUACAAAUACGUUUACAAGCAAGGCCCCGCCCGCUCUACCAUCCGUGCUGCUGUCCGACGACGACGAUGUGCAGCUGGUGGCGGCAGGCACAGCGCCGACAACCGCAGCUCGCAGCAGAGUCCGCAGCCGAAGUAGCAGGCACAGAUCGAGCUCACGAUCCACACUGCUUGAUGCGAGCGAAUCGUCUUCAGGCAGCGAUAGCGGCGGGAGCAGCGAGAGUGGCAGCCCCGGUCGUAGUCACAGCAGAGGCAAGAGCAGGUCGCGUUCCUAUCGACAACGACGCAAGCGAAAAGCUGGCGAUGAUUUGUCCAUGCCGACCCCUACAAAGACGCAUGAUCGCAAGCAUCGACGUCGUGGAUAUCGAAGCACUACACGUAGUCCUGCGCAGCAGCGUCGCCACAAACAGCGUAGCCGUAGCCGGAGUCGGAGUCAUAGUGAACGCAGUCGCAGCCGAUCCGUUGUGGUGAGCAGUGACGAGGAGCCUCGGUAUCAUCAUCGCCACCAUCAUUAUGCCCAUCAUGACCAUCACGAUCACCAUCGCGAGGAGCGACAACGUUCGCGCCAUGCGUCUCGGAAGAGUCACAAACGUCAUAAAAGGCGCCGGCGCAGCAGCGACGGCUCCCACUGAUAACUAUGAUUUGUAUUAAUCAAAGUAACAAACAAGGACUAAGCUUCAAGUGUAAAAAACUGUGUAAUAAAUGAAAUCUUUAAUUAUAA